AUGGUAAAAAGAAAGGCAUCGGAAGAUCUGGAUAUCCAGAUGGAUGAUGCUUUCCUGCCGCUUUUACAGGAUGAAUACAAAGGUAAAAAACUCACCGAUCCUAUAAGCACUGCGAAGGACAAGUGGAAUCUUUUACCUGCUUUCUUGAAAGUUAAAGGCUUGGUGAAACAACACUUGGAUUCCUUCAACUAUUUUGUGGAUGUUGACUUGAAAAAGAUCAUUCGUGCUAAUGAACUUGUGCUAUCUGAUGUGGAUCCGCAAUUCUAUCUCAAAUACUUAGAUAUCAGAGUGGGACAUAAGUCCUCUCUGGCUCCAGGAACUAAAGAAGUUAUAAUGGCGCCCCAUGAAUGUCGUUUGCGUGACUUAACAUACUCAGCUCCAAUCUAUGUUGACGUUGAGUACACAAGAGGCAGAAAAAUCAUUAUGCACAAAGACUUGGAGAUAGGGCGCAUGCCAAUCAUGUUGCGUUCAAAUAAGUGUGUUUUGGAUGGGAUUGAUGAACAUCAAAUGGCGGUUUUCGAGGAGUGUCCAAUCGACCCAGGUGGAUACUUCAUUGUCAAUGGUACGGAAAAGGUUAUCUUGAUUCAAGAGCAACUUUCGAAGAACAGAAUCAUUGUCGAAGCUGAUGAAAAGAAAGCCAUUGUUCAAGCUUCUGUCACGUCUUCGACCCACGAACGUAAGUCGAAAACAUACGUGAUCUCCAAGAACGAAAAAAUUUAUUUGAAGCACAAUUCCAUUGCUGAAGAUGUUCCAAUUGUGGUUGUUUUGAAAGCUGCUGGUAUCGUUUCGGACAUGGAAAUACUACAGCUUGUUUGUGGUGCUAACUCGCAAUACCAAGAUUUAUUCGCUAUAAACUUUGAAGAAGCCGCAAAACUCGAAAUUUUUACUCAACAACAAGCUCUUCUUUAUAUCGGUAAGAGAGUGAAAACAGUUCGUCGGGCUGGUGCUCCUAAGUUAUCGCAACUUCAAGAGGGUAUUGAAGCCAUUGCCACAACAGUUAUCGCCCAUUUGACAGUGUCUGACUUAAACUUUCGUGAAAAAGCCUUGUACAUUGCUAUCAUGGCCAGAAAGGUGUUAAUGACUAUGCACAAUCCAUCUAUGGUUGACGAUAGAGAUUACGUUGGUAAUAAGCGUUUGGAAUUAGCUGGUCAAUUAAUGUCUUUGCUUUUCGAGGAUUUGUUCAAAAAGUUCAACACAGACUUCAAGGCCAAUAUUGAUAAGAUAUUGAAGAAGCCGAGCCGAACCUCGGAAUUUGACGCUUUGUUGUCGAUCAACAUUCACUCUAACAACAUCACAAUGGGAAUGAAUCGUGCUAUCUCCACAGGUAAUUGGUCUUUGAAACGUUUCAAGAUGGAGAGAGCUGGAGUCACUCACGUUUUAUCACGUUUAUCAUACAUUUCUGCAUUGGGUAUGAUGACUCGUAUCUCCUCUCAGUUUGAAAAGUCUCGUAAAGUUUCUGGACCCAGAGCUUUGCAGCCUUCCCAAUUUGGGAUGUUGUGUACAUCGGAUACACCAGAAGGUGAAGCCUGUGGUUUGGUGAAAAACUUGGCGUUGAUGACACACAUCACAACUGAUGAUGAAGAAGAACCAAUCAAGCGCUUAUGUUUCAUUUUGGGCUGUGAGGAUAUUUAUAGCAUUGACUCUGCUACCAUUUAUACGGAGGGCAACUACGGCGUUUUUCUCAAUGGUACUAUGGUUGGUACAACCAGAUUUCCAGUGAAGUUCGUUAAGGAUUUCCGUCGUUUGAGAAGGUCAGGGAAAGUGUCAGAGUUUAUUUCCAUUUUUACAAACUCUCACCAAGCAGCAGUUCAUAUUGCCACGGAUGGUGGUCGUGUGUGUCGGCCCUUGAUUAUUGUGGAUGAAGUCACAGGACAACCCCGUGUUGAAGCGCAUCACUUGAAAAAGUUAUUGAGUGGAGACUGGGUAUUCGACGAUUUCUUGAAGUAUGGUCUUGUUGAGUAUUUGGAUGUGAAUGAAGAAAAUGACUCGUUGAUUGCCUUAUAUGAGAAAGAUAUGGCUGAGAAUCCACAUCUCCGUUUCACACAUUUGGAGAUUGAACCAUUCACAGUCCUCGGUGCUGUUGCGGGCUUGAUUCCAUACCCACAUCACAACCAAUCUCCUAGAAACACAUAUCAAUGUGCUAUGGGUAAGCAAGCAAUUGGUGCUAUCGCGUACAAUCAAUUUAGAAGGAUUGACACUUUGUUGUACUUUAUGGUUUAUCCACAACAGCCAAUGGUGAAGUCGAAGACUAUUGAAUUGAUUGAAUAUGAUAAGCUUCCGGCUGGUCAAAACGCUACUGUGGCGGUGAUGUCUUACUCUGGUUAUGAUAUUGAAGAUGCUUUGGUCUUAAAUAAGUCAUCUAUCGAUAGAGGUUUCGGAAGAUGCCAGGUGGUGCGUAAAAACACCAUCGUCUUGAAAAGAUAUCCUAACCACACCAAAGAUAUCGUUGCUGGUAUGCGUGUGGAUGAAAACGGUGACCCUAUCUUUGCUCACAACGCAUUGGGUCCUGAUGGAUUGGGUGAAGUCGGCAUGCGGAUUGAAAAUGGCCAAGUGUAUGCGAACAAACAAGUGCCAACAAAUGCGGGUGAAUCAGUGUUGGGAGAUCACAAUCAACCACAGUCUGCUGAAUCUCACAGGGAAACGCCUGCCUACUACAGGGGUCCAGAACCUUCUUAUGUGGAUCAAGUAAUGAUGUCUGUUAGUGACAAUGAUCAGGCAUUAAUCAAGGUUCUUUUAAGACAGACUAGAAGACCAGAAUUAGGUGACAAGUUUUCGUCUCGUCAUGGACAGAAAGGUGUCUGUGGUAUAAUCGUCCAGCACGAAGAUAUGCCGUUCAAUGAUAUGGGUAUUUCGCCUGACAUCAUCAUGAACCCCCAUGGUUUCCCAUCCCGUAUGACUGUCGGUAAGAUGAUAGAGUUGAUCUCUGGUAAAGCUGGUGUUUUGAAUGGAACACUAGAAUACGGUACUUGCUUUGGUGGCUCCAAGUUGGAAGACAUGUCCAAGAUUUUAGUAGACAAGGGAUUCAACUAUUCCGGAAAAGAUAUGUUGUACUCUGGAAUCACAGGUGAGUGUUUGCAAGCCUACAUCUUCUUUGGUCCAAUUUACUACCAAAAGUUGAAACACAUGGUUUUGGAUAAAAUGCAUGCGAGAUCCAGAGGUCCAAGAGCUGUUUUGACAAGACAGCCUACCGAAGGUAGAUCCAGAGAUGGUGGUUUGAGAUUGGGUGAGAUGGAGAGAGAUUGUGUUAUCGCUUACGGUGCUUCUCAGUUAUUGCUUGAAAGGUUGAUGAUAUCCUCAGAUGCCUUUGAGGUAGAUGUGUGCAACAAUUGUGGAUUAAUGGGUUACAGCUCAUGGUGCAGCACAUGUAAGAGCUCUGAGCAUGUAAUUAAGAUGACCAUUCCAUACGCAGCAAAGUUAUUAUUCCAGGAACUUUUGUCCAUGAACAUCGCGCCACGUUUGAAGUUGGGUGAUGUGUUCUAG